CAAAACUAUCAACAACAAAGGGAUUCUUCAUGUCAUGUGAAACUCAAAUUUCAAACAUGGAAAAUGAAAAAAGUAGGCAAUUUGUCUCUCUCAACCCCAUCCAAAGUACACUCCAAAACGAUGCCUUCUGCCCAUGUGAACAAUGAGUUGAGUGCUACUUUAGUUCAAAGCAUUUAAUUCCCAUUCCACAUUGAUGAAGAGACUAUUGACCCAAAAAGAAAGUUUCGUGUGAAUAUUGGUCUUCCACUCAACUCUCAUGUUGGAUUUGGAUUUUCUUUUUUCAGCACAGAAGCACGUGUUUCAGAGCUUGACUAUUUAUUUAAGAACUCGGUUUUUGAAGAUUUCUUGCACAUUUGCAUAAAGGGACCAAUGCUUGUUUGUUAAGUGAUUUUACUCGUGUCUUUGAAAUUUCUGUUGUUAAAGCUUCUGAUUAAGGUCUGGUUUUGUUACAUACGGUUCAAAGCCCUUCAGAAUCAAUUUUGUGCAGGCGGAUUCGUUUUGGAGGGGAAGAUAAUUGUGCUAUUGAAUUGAAAUGAACGCUGUUAGGUUUGUUUCGUGUCUUUUUCUCUUCUGUGUGCUGUUUUCAACAAGUGGAUAUAGUAGGAAUGUGAGCUCAAGGCCUGCUGUUGUGAAUAUUGGAGCUAUUUUUACCUUUGAAUCUACGAUUGGAAGAGUUGCCAAGAUUGCUAUCCAGGAAGCUGUCAAAGAUGUGAAUGCAAAUUCUAGCAUUCUGCAUGGCACCGAACUCAAAAUUCAUAUGAAAAACUCUAACUGCAGUGGGUUUCUAGGCUUGGCUGAAGCUUUGAAGUUCACGGAGAAUGAUGUCAUUGCCAUUAUUGGCCCGCAAUCUUCUGUUGUUGCCCAUAUUAUAUCCCAUGUCGCGAAUGAACUUCAAGUUCCCCUAUUGUCAUUUGCAGCAACAGACCCCACUCUUAACUCGCUGCAGUUCCCCUUUUUUGUUAGGACCACGCAGAGUGAUUUCUACCAAAUGGCGGCAAUAUCAGAGGUAGUUGAUCAUUAUGGUUGGAAGCAGGUGACUGCCAUUUUCAUUGAUAAUGAUUAUGGACGAAAUGGCGUGUCAGCUCUAGGUGAUAGACUUGCAGAGAGACGUUGUAGAAUAUCUUACAAGGUGGGGAUUCCCCCGGAUUCUGGAGUUAACAGGGGUGACAUCAUGGAUAUUCUUGUUAAGGUCGCGUUAAUGGAAUCUCGGGUUGUAAUUGUCCAUGUGUAUCCUGACAUGGGUUUCAAGAUCUUUUCCAUGGCAAACCACCUUGAAAUGAUGGGUAAUGGGUGGGUAUGGAUUGCUACGGAUUGGCUUUCGUCUGUUUUGGAUUCUGCUUCUCCUCUCCCAUCAGAGACCAUGGACUCAGUGCAAGGGGUUCUUGUUUUGCGUCAACACACACCAGAUUCAGAUAGAAAUAGAGCCUUUUCCUCUAGGUGGCACAAAUUGACUGGUGGUUAUUUGGGGCUGCAUUCUUAUGGGCUUUAUGCUUAUGAUUCUGUCUGGCUAAUUGCGCAUGCUCUUGAUGCAUUUUUUAACCAGGGUGGUAUUAUCUCAUUUUCUAAUGAUUCCAGGUUACCUUCUGGGGAAGGUAGUAGUCUCCACCUUGAGGCAAUAAGCAUCUUUGAUGAUGGAAAACUUCUGCUGAAUAACAUAUUGCAGAGUGAUCUUGUUGGUUUGACCGGCCGUAUUAAGUUUGGAAUAGACAGAUCUCUUAUUCUGCCUGCAUAUGAUGUUGUUAAUGUUAUUGGAACUGGGUAUAGACGGAUUGGUUACUGGUCCAAUUAUUCUGGUUUGUCUAUCACGCCUCCUGAGACACUUUAUACAAAGCCACCAAAUCGUUCAAGCGCAAACCAGAAAUUGUACAAUGCCAUUUGGCCUGGGGAUACAUUGCUUACGCCACGUGGAUGGGCUUUUGCUAACAAUGGGAAGCAACUGAGAAUUGGUGUGCCAAUUCGGGUGAGUUUCCGAGAAUUUGUAUCACAAGUACAAGGGACAGAUACGUUCAAGGGUUUCUGCAUAGAUGUUUUUACAGCUGCUGUAAAUCUAUUACCAUACCCUGUUCAAUAUCAGUUCGUCCCCUUUGGAGAUGGUAAAGAAAAUCCAAGCUACACAGAGCUGGUGAAUAAGAUCACGACGGGUUUCUUUGAUGCUGCUGUUGGUGAUAUUGCCAUUGUAACCAAAAGAACGAAAGUCAUUGAUUUUACGCAGCCAUAUGUCGCGUCUGGAUUGGUUGUUGUGGCCCCAUUUAGGAAGUUGAACUCUGGAGCCUGGGCUUUCCUGAGGCCAUUCAGUGCCCGUAUGUGGAUUGUCACUGCUUGUUUCUUCCUUGUUGUUGGCUUAGUUGUGUGGAUUCUGGAGCAUAGGAUAAAUGACGAAUUCAGGGGCCCACCUAAAAGACAAGUAAUAACUGUUUUAUGGUUCAGCCUCUCGACUCUAUUUUUCGCUCAUAGAGAAAACACUAUGAGCACCCUUGCUCGGUUUGUGCUACUUAUAUGGCUCUUUGUGGUCUUAAUAAUCAACUCAAGCUACACUGCAAGUUUGACUUCAAUUUUCACAGUGCAGCAACUAUCUUCUCCUAUUAAAGGAAUUGAAAGCUUGAAGGAAAGCAAUGAGCCUGUAGGAUACCAGGUGGGUUCGUUUGCUGAAUAUUAUUUGAGAGAGGAAGUUGGAAUACCUAAAUCUAGGCUUGUUGCCUUGGGAUCACCAGAAGCAUAUGCUAAUGCACUCCAACUUGGUCCUGAAAAAGGGGGUGUUGCUGCAAUUGUUGAUGAACUUCCUUAUGUGGAACUUUUCCUCUCAAGGCAGUGCACAUUCAGGAUUGUUGGUCAAGAAUUUACAAAAAGUGGCUGGGGUUUUGCGUUUCCAAGAGACUCUCCCUUAGCUUUGGAUAUGUCAACUGCAAUUCUAGCACUAUCAGAGAAUGGUGAUCUCCAACGGAUCCAUGACAAGUGGCUGACGCAAAGCACGUGCAGUUCAGAGACAUCUGAGCUUGAAUCAGAUAGACUUCACCUCAAGAGCUUUUGGGGCCUCUUUCUCAUUUGUGGUCUAGCUUGCUUCAUUUCCCUCCUCAUACACUUUUGCCAGAUUACACGCCAGUUAUAUCGCACCGCCCCUGUAGAAUCUCCAUCUGCUGGUCAAGGUUCCUUGCGUUCUGGGCGUCUUCAUAGACUAUUUUCAUUAAUGGAUGAGAAGGCUAGCCAAGAAAAGAGUGCAGUUAAAAGAAGGAAGUUGGAAAGAUCAUUAUCCGAGAAUGAUCGGGACUGUGAGUUGGGGAGGAAUCCCACGAGGAAAGAAACAGAAAGGAUGACCGGAACAACGGCAAGUUAAGCUAAUAAAAGAAUACACAACACCGUUGGCCCUCCGUUUGAGUUGGACUUGGAAACAAUGUACUCAAUAUUCAUUUAGCAACGUGCCUUUUUUUCAGAAUGUUAUCUACCUCCUUCAAAUCAACAUCAGUGCCUGUAUCAGUUCCACUGAAAUUUGCUGAUUGUACAUGGAGUGUUGCAUUGCUAAUUUCUAUCCCAGAAUCCUGUAUCAAAUCACAAAGAAAGGAAAUGUUGGAAUUUUAAUGUUUACAGAUGAAGAAGAAUAUAUUGGCUCUC